UCGAACACACCCAGGUGAGGGAAAAGAGCAUUCUGCUACCAGAGAAAAGUUCUCUUCUCUCUGGUUACGCGCACUGUCAUUAUCUUGUUCGUGAGAAUUGCUAGUAUUAGACGAGACAGUAACGGUCAUACGUGCGUAGUAGAUUUGUUUUGGACAAGUAUGAUAUCUUAAUUUUUGUUUUUUUUGUCAAACAAUGUGAAAAAUAGACUUAGACUAAUGUAUGGCCUAGCUCUCUUACGGGCCGUGAAAGCACUAAACCAUACUGAACAAACGGUUUCGUCACAAUCGGUAAUACUUAACAGAUAAAAAUCGAAAAAUUUGUACGUGCGCAGUCAGUAGUCAUGCAACGAUUGCUGUAUGCGGCAGUAAGUGAAUGUGUAGGAAGUAAUUUAAUAAUUGUCUAAUUUACGACAAUUUCUGAACAGUUUAAUCCAAGUUUAAUUGUGUAUGUAUAUAUGUAUAUAUAUGUAUGAUAAAAAAAAUGGUGUAAUCGCGCGCGAGAUUGACAGCAGUCAGUACGCGUGAUUGAGUUUUUAAGUUGUUCAGCGCGAGCAUUACUUUUCUCAACAAACAUUCUGUUAAAAACACAAAGAUUAGCAGUAUUACAAGAUUACAUAACUUUUGUACAAAAUGGCCACUAUUGAUGAUGAUGUAGGAGUAGAUUCGACUUUGUCACAAAAACUGGUGGAAAAAGGAAGAAAAUCACCGUUUCUUGUUGCAAGUCUAGUAAGUUUAGCAGGUAUUUGCGGUUAUGGUGCAUAUUCCUUUAAGAAGAGGCAAAUCUCCACUCAGCUGUUCCUGAUACAGCUUCGAGUUGCUGCUCAAGGAACAGCAAUAGCUAUCUUAACUUUUGGAAUGGUGUAUCACAUGGUAAGGAAACAUGUUCUACACAAAGAAGAUGAACCAUAAUGCUGGACUUUUAUAGUGUAUUCACUUGUUCCCUAGAAGAAUGGCUAAUAAAACAAAACAUAUAAAUAGUAAAAAUUAA